AUGCUCCGCCUCCGAGGCCACCUCCUUUCCGCUGUCCGCGCCGCCUCGCCUCUCCCCGCCGCAUCCUCCCUCCCCCUCCACCGCCUCUUUCUCUACAGCAUCAAGAACACCGCUCCCGCCUCUCAGUUCGUCGUCGAGGACUACCUCACCACCAGCUGCGGCCUGACGCCAGAGCAGGCCCGCAAGGCCUCCAGAUUCUUGUCCCACCUCAAGUCCCCCGCAAAUCCAGACGCUGUCCGGGCCUUCCUCGCCGGAAUCGGCGUCUCCAAAGCCGACCUCACCGCCGGAAUCGCCCGGGACCCGCGGCUCCUCUGCUGCAAUGUGGACAAAACCCUAACCCCCCGCAUCGCCCAGCUCCGCGACAUCGGCCUCUCCCCGCCCCAGAUCUCCAGUCUCAUCUCCGUCGCCCCCAAUGUCUCCCGAUCUCCUAGUAUGGUCCAUCGCCUCGCAUUCUAUCUCUCUUUCUUGGGCUCCUACGACAAGUUACACACCGCCCUCAAGAGGAGUACGUACCUGCCCACUCAAAAUCUCGAGCGUGUUGUCAAACCCAUUAUGGCAUUCCUGCGACAGUCUGGUCUAUCUGAUUCUGAUAUUGCCAACCUCCUUUUGCGCGCCCCACGCUUAUUCACAUUGGAGACAGACCGUGUCAAGGAAAUUGCAUUGUGUGCCGAAAUGCUUGGUGUGCCACGCAGUUCAACAAUGUUCAAGUAUGCCCUUGUGUCCAUCUACAGCAUAAGUCCUGGGAAGAUAAAUGCUAGGUCAGAUUUCUUGAAGAAGACUCUUGGAUGCUCUGAGGCUGAGUUGGGCGCUGCUGUGCGGAAGUUGCCAAACGUUCUGAAUUUUUCAGAGGGCAGGCUGACUCGUGUGGUAGAUUUCCUGAAGACAGGUGUUGGUCUGGAUUCCAAGUACAUAGUGCGUAGGCCAGCAAUCCUCGGCUAUAGCUUGCCAAGGCGUCUUAUGCCCCGGCAUUAUGUGCUAAAAGCUCUUAAGGCGAAGGGCUUGGUUGAGAAAGAUGUUGACUUUUUCUCAGCUGUUGUUAUGGCUGAGAAAAAUUUUAUGAAGAGGUUUCUUGAUCCUUGCAAGGACAGUGCUCCAGGGCUUGCAGAUGCUUAUGCUGCUGCUUAUGCAGGCCAGGUUGCUCCUGUAGUCCAACCAUGA